UCAGUGAUCUGUUCUUCAGCUUCUCUGGGUCUCACAGUACUCUCCAGACAGACAUGGUGCUACCUGACAAAAACUCCAGACCAUCUGCUCCCAAGAAGGGGCCCAAGCGGCGCUCCCUGCAGCACCAGAGCCUGCCCUCCCCGGCCCUGUGCUGUGCCUGUGGCCUGUGCAUCAUGCUGGCUGGCAUCAACAUCACCCUGGUGGGAGCUUUUGCCUUUGGCAACUUCAUUCCUACUGACAACCCCCCAAUCAUCAUCGGGCCUCUUCUCUUAUUGAUAGCCCUGGCCUUCUUCACAGCCUGCUGUGUGAUCAGUAGGAGGCCCCCGGCCCAUGGGGCGCGCAGAGCUAAAGGAGGCGAGAAGUGGGGGCUGAUGCGGAUGGGGACGGCGGCGUUUGAGAUGGAGACGAGUGAGCACACUCUGCAGGACACUACAGCUGUUCAGCUCAGCCCCACCAACUCCCCCAGCUCCUCUCACACCGGGGUCGACAGCAAUCCGGCUGGCUGUCAGGAUGGAGUCGCUGAGCUGCACAUAUCAGAGAUGUCUGACAUGGGUGUCACUGGAGAUAACCCCACCAUGAUCUCUGACAGCAAGGAGAGCACCCCCACAUAGCUGCUGCCCGCUCAGGACACUUUCUCUACAUAGCUUCUACAACCUGUGCUUCAUUGUUUUGCUUGUUUACAGGAUGGAAAUGUGUUGCGUGUUAUUUGGCGUGUUACAGUGUGUUGCUGAAUGUUUAUUGCUCAGUCCCAGCAUCACAUCCCCAGAACAGAAACAGCAACAGGAGAUACCUUAAUCCCACUGCCUGUUUGUAUACGGCUUGAUGUAUAAAACAUCCAGUUAAGGCAGAUUAUCUAAUAAUAUUAAUAUGCAUUGAUGUCCUAUGGACUGUGGUUAAUGGCUUGUCACCUCACAGGCUGGGAUAGAAGAUGAUGGUGUCCAGCCAACCCCGUAUGAGUCAUUAAAGCUGUUCACGUGUAAGCCUGGUAAAUCUCAGCCACAGUUUUUCACACACUUUGACAGAACUGUUAAGAUUUUUCGUUUUUAAAAGGCAUCAGCUGCAGUGAGUGAGUCAAGAUCUGUGUUAAGAUGGAUAUUCAGGAACAAAUUAGUGAAUCAUGUUGUACCACCAUUGUGAUUAUGUUACUGCAGGCGUCAAUAUAUGUUUGGAGCACCUAUAUAUUUUGUACAUAAAGCUAAAAUUUUGUUUUACUGUCACUAAUAUGGUGUGUUUCUGAUUAAAAACCUCAC